AUGAUCUUUAUCAUAAAUUUUGUAGAAAAGUUUGAAUGUAAAGAAGAAGCUCCUCGCAUUGUCUGUGACCGGUCAUUCACAGUUUAUGAUAUUGAUGGCAAUCCUCAUGAAUUCACGCCAGAAUUCCACCAUGGUGUCUUCAAUGACCGGUUCCAAGAGUUUAUGGAACUUGUUUAUGAUGGUUACAUUGAGGGUCGUCCUCCUCACAUCGUGGAUCCACAAAACUCUUGUCUGGCAAAAUUGCAUCAUCAAGACUUUUCCACCAUGUCUGCCUCAGACAUCCAGAACAAAAUGCGCCAUAAACAGGUCGUUGUCACUGGGCUCCCCUUCGAUGAAAAGAUGCAGUUCGAUGCCAAAGGCCUUCGCACCGUUGUUGGUUCCAUGACUGCACAGAUAUCCAUUACCGACUUCUCAGUCAUCAACCCAGGGACCGACUGCGUUCCCUCUGUUGUCAGUGGCCAUGUUAACGACCUUCUUGAGAAUGCCUCGAGCACAGGCAAGAUUUUGAACGGACUUGACCUCCCCAUGUGGUCUUCCUAUCGUCCUUCAAACAAUUAUGAAACAGAUGCUGUUGCAUGGAAUUUUACCCGUCGGACCCACAGAAUUCCGCUUCAUGGACCCUUCCCAACCCAGGACCGUGAAUGGGGUAUUGCUGGUCUUAAGCACGUUCUCACUUUUCUCCACAUUGACUGUGAUGGUUUCAACACAAGAUAUGGCACUAAAGUUGGACGAAAACUGUGGGCCUUUUUAAGGCCGCGAGAUUCGAAAAAACUCUCUUCAAUUGACUUCUACAUGGAUGAAGAUGGUUUUUCUCUCUCUGGGAAGCCAAAGGAUAUCAAGUAUGACUUUGAGGCUGUUGUUCUUCGGCCUGGUGAUGAACUUCAUAUGCUGCCCAAUUCUGCACAUUGGGUAUAUGGCAUAGAUGAUGUGAUUGCACAGGGCGGCCAUUACUAUUCCUCUUAUCUUAUGCAGGAGACUCUGCAAGGCAUUGUACAUGCCUUUGUUCUCAACAAGUUCUUGACGAACACGGAGCAUAUUCCCUCUCGUCACCUAUUGCGGAGGAUCCUGAUCUUCUACCAAGUUGGCCUCAUUGAGGGUGCCAUCUCUGAAGACGAUCCUGCAUUGGUUCAUCUACCUAACGUCGAGACAAUGGAGGGCGUGCUUAACAUCAUCUGUCUUGCAGUCCUGAUUAUACUUGGCAACGUCCUGGAUUUUAGGACUUACAGCACUCCAAAUCAAGGGGAAGAUGAUGAAGCCUCUCCUACCCAAAGAACAUUGAUGGACACCGGUGACAUCAAUGCCAUUCCCAACAAUGAACGAAUCGCGUAUUGCUAUGCUCGUGGUGUUGCUUUACACAUCCUCAAAUGGCUCCGUUCAUGCGCCACUUUCACUGGCCCACCAGAUGGUCUUGCCGAUGAUCUGAUAUCUCUUUUUUUUGUGCAGAUUUUGGCCAGUCUAUCAGACUACAAAAGCCUUGCUGAAGCAAAGACUUAUGGCGGAGUUCCCCAUUGCACCUCCCAUUUGCUCAGCAAACAGAUCGCCAAUGUUCUUGAGGUAGAUCCGAUUCUGAAGGCUGCUUGGGUGCAUAAAGAACGUGUUCCUUCGCACUCUCUCGGCCUCAAGGAGGAGGAGAAGUAUAACGUUGAAUGGCGGCGUGAUUGGGAACGCACAUCAUGGAGAGCCCCAUCUGUUGAUUUUACUCUUGCAGGGCAGACGCCUUUUGAUAUCAAGUACUUUGAGGCCACUAAGCUGCGGAUUAACUCUGAGAACGCCAACAUGAUUGUUGAUGUUGUCAAACCUCCACGCAAGAAAGCAAAACUCUUGUUAUAUGCCAUGUGCACCUUGUACAAUAUUCUCACCAUCAUCUUGCAAUCAAUAUCGCUCAUUGCUAUUCUUCUUUUCAAAAUUUGUGAACCUAAAUACUUUGCAUCCAAGCUUGUCAUUGUUUGGCAGCAUAGUAGCAGUCGAACUUCCUUUGCAAACUAUGUGUGCGGUAUGAUGCCCUCUAUUACACAGAUUUCCAUCCAAACAGAUAGUGUAAUACUUUCGCAUUGUGAAAUUAAUGUGGAGGACUUGGCAAGAAGCGACUACACAGAAACAGACGAUGAUGGGUCUAGAGCAUCUGAAAGUGGCUCAGAUAAUGAGCAAGAGUUAUAA